CGCCCACCGCGAGCUCACACACACACACACACACAUACACGCAUCUCAACUCAAGUCUCACGCGCUUUUGCCUGUCCUAAGCGGUGGAUAAUGUAUACAUAAAAAUAGGUUAAUGUUUCUAUUUUACGGCCAUGUACAGAUCGUCAUUUCUAGCUCAUGUCGUUUUGCUGUUUGCUGUGUUUAAAUGGUCGCUGUGCGUAAAGAUCGUCCGUCGGGAUAUUCUCAGAGUCAGAGAGGAAUGGCAUGGUGCUGAUCGGCACCUGCCUCAGCUCAGUCUCCGCACCGCUCUCCUCCAGCAGGACGUGUGUGUCCGCCUGCGGCUGUGUGUCCGUCCUCUGAUGGCAAAUGAAAACCUGACAAUUGACUUCAGUGACUCUGAAACCGGAGGCUCCUACACGCUGCUCCUAUUUGUGUCAAAACGGAGCAGUGUUCACUGGCAGUGUAUCAACAGAGGCAGUGAUGAUCUGCUGUUUCCUCACAAAGCAAGAAUUCAGACGCGUGAAAUGAACAUGACGUCCCAUCAGGCCUUUUGGAUCCUGCGGUACGACUGUUUCCCAGCGUGGCCCGGCUCCAACGUCACAGUGCAUGUUCACAAAGACAGUGACCUGCUGAUCAGUGGAUCUCAUAUGGUCCAGCUCACAGACGAUGAGGAUCCAGUGCCUGAAGCCAGAGUCAGUGUGGACGAGCGUGAUAAACGCUUCACUGUACGCAUGAAAACAGAUCAAAUGGUCAAGAUCAGCCUGUGCUACAAACAUUCAUUCCCAGAGUGUGUUGAGCAGAGAUAUUUUGGAAAGAUUAAUACGACUGUCAAUCAAACCGUUGAUCUGAGAUUCCCGUACCUGAUUCCUUGUGUCUGUGUGCAGUUGUGGUUUACAGGCAUUGAUGUAAGAAGAAACACACAGUGUCCCUUAAAAAAGAAAAUACUGCCAUAUGGCGGUGAUAUCUUGUCCUCCAGCUCAGCGAGAGUUCUCGGCUCUGUUCUGCAGUGGGAGCCUCUCUGUCCUGAUGACCAAUCAGAUCCCUCUGUCUCUCUGUGCUGGCGAAUCCAUACGCAGAACUCUUACUGUGUCCCCGUCCCCAACGCCACCCUCUAUGGGACAAAACGUGAAUAUAAUGUGUCUGCUGUAGAUAAACACCCUCAGAUGUGUGUGAAGUUUUCUUUAAAUGGCAGUUAUCAAGUCUUCUGUCCCUUCGAGUCAGAGGGCCGGUCUGAGUGGAGCGUGACGGUCGUCCCUGGAUCUCUGCAUCUGCAUGUGCACCUGACAUCUAAUAUCGCCGCGUCUUUUGCUGCUCAGCUGUGCGACAGACAUAACGAUACGUGUGCAUCUCGAGGACACGUCAUCUCACGUCAGCUGGAAGGGGGCGCCACAGAGGCGGAGCUGAGCCUGCCCUUCCCCUUCCUCUCACCAGGACUGUGUGUGCAGGUGUGGCGCUUGGAUCUCCAUGGAAGACGAAUCAUUUGCCCUGACUUCACGCACAGGCGAUGGGGUCUCAUCAUCGGCGCUGCACUGACUCUUCUGGCUGCAGUGACCGUUCUGGUCUGCAUCACACGCUGGCUGCUCAAAAGAAGCACAUCAGUGUGGCGGAGCGCUGAAAGACGACCCGUGCUGCUUGUGUGCUCGUCUAAUGACGUGGCGCACAUCACCGCUGUGUGCAGUUUGGCCUCUGGCCUGCAGGGGGAGCUCUGCAUGGACGUGAGGCUGGCGCAGUGGAUGCAGUGCCACCCUCAGUCCUCUCUGGCUCAGCUUGGACCCGUGCCGUGGCUGUACGGUCAGUGUCAGGCCGUGCAGAAGGCCGGCGGUCUCGUCCUGAUCGCCUGGAGCCCUGACGCCCAUCGGGCUUAUCUGAGAUGGAGGAAGAGCAAAAGAGAGGCUGAGCUCUGUAAGACUGGGCUGUACAGUGCUGUUGAAGAAGAAGAAGAGGAGCAGAUGUGCUGUGAUGAAGAAUGCAUGGAGAAACCAAUGGAGUCGUCUUCGAUCACAGCUCCUGUGUUCAACGCGGCACUCUCCUGUCUGUGGAUGGGAAUACGCAGUGAUUGCCACGGCCGGGGAUUUGGACUGGUUUGCUUCCCGAGUCUUAACAACAACAUCACCUGCAUCCCGAAACGACUCCGGUGCGUCCGAAAGUACUGUCUCCCGAAGGACCUGUUCUCUUUAAUACACGACCUGACCGGCUCGCAGGACAGAACUGGAAAAACCAGAGGGCGAUGUUGGCCCCGUCUUCUGUCCAAAGCACUGUCGUUAUGUGUGUCGCGUCAGCUCGUGCAGAGACUAGAGGCUAAACUUCCCAUGCCGACGGACAGCCCGAAAUUCAUUCCCAGCUUCUCACAGAAAUUAUUAAUGAGCAGGACAAAGCGAAAGACGUGGGGGCAAAAGAAGCGCCGAAGUAAAGCUGUAUCGUCGUGCUUGUCCAGAAAGGGGUGUUCAAAGAAAAAAACUGUGCCAGAGCUACACACGCCACUGGAUUUGUAGCUGCAUGCUGAUCAGAUGAGGCUGUUUCACUGCUUGUAUUGUAGUCCUAUUAUUUGCAUGCAGCGGUACACAGAAGGAAACUGAAGUCGGACUGAUCAAAGCAGAGCGAUUCACAGACAGUUUCCUGCAGAGUUUAGUGCAACAUUACAGUCCGUCCAGCAGGGGGGCAGAGACAUUAAACUAAAGCCCUGAUAUUCUCACAGCAAAGUUAUGUUUGGUUCUUCACUUAGGAGUUUGAAAUACCUUUGCUUCUGAUCAUAGUGAUGUGGAUGUUUGCAGCAGCUCUGCAGUUCAGCUCUUCAGUCACGUCACGUUUAUUUCUACAGCACUUUAUACAAUAGAUUGCUUUAAAGCAGCAGCUUUACAGUAUUAAACAUGAACAACAGUGUCAGUGUCUCUUUCAGUUAGAAUCACAGCUUCAAUUUCUAAUAUAAAGCGGCUCUCCAGUGUUCAUGUUUUCACUCGCAUCUGACCUCAACCGACUGAACAGAAGAAAUGAACCACAGAAGAUUUACACCUCAAAGAAGGCGGAGUAAUUGGUGUGUUUUGGGUGUAACGUGCAAUAAACCAAUCAGAGUCUCAUCUCCCAUUCCCUUUAAAAGCCAGUUGCGCUCGCACCAUGGCGGAUUGAUAUUUACAUGAGGAAUUUGCAAGCGGAAAAACUGAACGCUUCUCUAGUGAGGAAACAGAUCUGCUCGUGCACGAGGUUAAAGUGCGUGAACAGACCAUCUACGGGACAAGCAGGAUUCCACCAAAGCAUUUUUAUCUUUAUGCACACAAUAAUAAUCUUUUACAUUGUAAUCCUUUUAUUUUUAAUAUUUGGCAUGUUUGUGUGCUGCUGCGCGUCUCUGUGUGUGUAACAAGCAGAGUGUAUGUGUGUUGUGCACCCGCAUAUAGGCUCAUGUUACUAACUCGCUCUUUAAAUAACAAAAAUAUUGCGCCAUUGACUUUAGAGCAGGUUUCAGUUGGUCAAUGGUGCAGUCGUUUUCAGUUCCUCAAAAUAGCAACACGCCAACAGUGCACCUGAACACACCUCGUUUUCAGAUGGGCGCGAGUGCAUUUGCUAUUUAAACAACGUGGAGCAGGACAUGAAAAUGAUAACUGUGUUUGUUGGGCUAAAACUAACAGAAAACACUUGCGUCGCGCCUGGUGCCGCGUUGCACCGGGUGUAUGAUAGGGCCCCAAAGGUGUUUACCAGCCAAAGUGAACUUUCCCGUAAAGUACCAAGCUGUUUCCAUACGAACUUCAUUUUCACCUGAUUUUGUUUGAAAUGACAUCACUCCAGUUCAUUCUUCAAUCUCACUUGAAGUACAUCAGGGCCUUUACAUGCAAAACCUGUACUAAUUGAAAGAAAGAAAAAACAAGUUGACCAAAAGAUCCAAUAUUUGGUGAUAAUAUUAUAGCAUAAAGAGAGAUUUACAAGCAAUUUAAUAGGCUGGUCAUUUUUGACUGGGAAUACCAAGUUAGGUAAAGGAUUUCAGCCUAAUGUAUUGUUAUUCCUUCUCAUGUUAUUACCUGCUUGAGAUGAACCGCUUGUUGAAUUUCCUCAUUUGUAAGUCACUUUGGAUGAAAGCGUGUGCUAAAAAUGAAUACAUGUGAAGAAUGAAUCUCCCUACAAGCACUAGUGCAGAGAAAUGAAGAGCAUGUAAUUAUUUUAAAAAUGAAAAUCCUCCAACCAGGAAAGUCUGGUCUCAAAGAAAAUCUAAAGUUUCUUAUUGAUAAUUAUGACUUUAUGAUGUUGUGCAUGUACAUUUUGUAAAUACGAUCAUCCUGACAUCUGAAGGCAGCUUUAAAUAUAAGCACUCUCUCAAAAGAAAAACAGUACUGUCUAAAGAAACAUUUGAAAUGUUAUAUUUUUGUAUAAAGACCUGCAUCAGUAGACUUGUAUUUGUUCAUCAUCAUCAGUAUAAAUAAAUGCAUCAAACGUC